AUGGCAGCGUCGGGGACCGCAGGAAGCUUAUCCACAAGGGGCACGGGAGCGGGCGGGGAGGGGAGCCUGACUCUUGCGCACGCGCGCCACUCCCACUUCCGUACAAUAAGAUGGCGACGUCCUAUGCGCUCCAGGCGCCCCUGCGCUCCCCGCCCCCCACCCGAGGACCGCUGGGUGGCUUCCUAGCGAGAGGCGUGCCGGGCUCUACUGCUCUGGGCCCUCCCCUUGCCCGCUGCCGCCCCUGCUCCCGCUCCAGCGUCCGCCUGAGUCACGGUGGUGCGGGUUCCCUCGCCUCUGGGCCUUGGCGCGGCACACGGAAACAGAACAGACCCCUUAGGAUGGCCGAGAAUGGCGAGGACAAGGCCCACCACUCGAGCGAGGGAAGAGCCAGCGAUUCCGAGCGCGCCCAGGAAGACGGUGUGGAUGGGGCCGACGAGUCCGUUCGGAAAAGGAUCCGCCAAAGCACUCCCAGCCCGCAGAGACUCCUGAGGCCCCAGUCUAGUCCUCCUCGCUUCGUGUCAAUGGAUGAGCUCCUGGAGACAGCCAAAGGAGUCACUAAUAUGGCGCUGGCCCAUGAAAUUGUAGUGAAUGGGGACUUCCAGAUAAAACCUACAGAACUGCCAGAAGAUAGCUUGGAGAAGAGAGUCAGGGAGAUUGUCCAUAAAGCCUUCUGGGAUUGCUUGAGUGUCCAGUUAAGUGAAGAACCACCAACUUAUGAUCAUGCCAUCAAGCUUGUUGGGGAGAUCAAAGAGACUCUUUUAUCUUUCCUGCUGCCUGGUCACAGUAGAUUGAGAAACCAGAUUAGAGAAGUCCUUGAUCUAGACCUGAUAAAGCAGGAGGCUGAGCACGGAGCUCUCGACAUUUCUAAACUGGCUGAAUUCAUCAUUGGGAUAAUGGGAACACUCUGUGCCCCAGCCAGAGAUGAGGAGAUUAAGAAACUGAAGGACAUUAAGGAAAUAGUUCCCCUAUUCAGGGCACUGUUUUCCGUGCUCGACCAGAUGAAGGUGGACAUGGCCAACUUUGCCGUGAGCAGCAUCCGGCCGCACCUCAUGCACCAGUCUGUUGAAUACGAAAGGAAGAAGUUCCAAGAAUUUUUUGAGAAACAGCCGAAUGCCCUCGACUUUGUCACACAGUGGCUCCAGGAGGCCUGCCAGGAACUCACCAGCCCGGGGACAGCACAGCAGGGGGACCCCAGCUCGGAGCAGGCAGCCAGCCCGGGCCCUGUGACCAUCCAGAACCAUGCAUACAUGAAGCUGCUCAAGUGGGACCAUCUGCAGAGACCCUUCCCGGAAACUGUCCUGAUGGACCAGCCCCGCUUCCAAGAGAUGCAGCAGGAGCUCGAGAGGCUCGUCGUGGUGGGGGCUACCCUGCUGGUCACGUACAGCGCCUCCGCCCCAGGGGUGUCCAGCCUGGCGGGCUUUGCCGAGAAACUCAAGAUGGUCGUUCGGGUCCUGCUGACAGAGAUGCAUCAGCCGUCCUUCAACCUGAGCGAAGCCCUCGCCACCAUCGGGGAGAAAGUGUGCGCGGAGGUGACCAGCUGCCAGGCCCAGUGCGGAUUCACCCCCUUCAGUGCCGACAAGGAGGGCGUCCUCAAAGGCCAGAUCCAAGCAAUUGCCAGCCCCGACGACCCCAUUCGCAAGCUCGUGGGUGCCAGAAUCCAGGGCUUCCUGGAAGCUUACCUAGUGUCUGGCCUCCAGAAGUCCCUCCCUGCUAUUCCUGGUGGAUUAGGCCCGAUCCAGAAGGAGCUGGAGGAGGUGGCCGUCAAGUUUGUUCGCCUGGUCAACUACAACAAGAUGGUCUUCGGCCCUUACUACGACGCCAUCCUCAGUAAGAUGCUGAGCCAGGAGGGCUCCCGUGGCUCGGCCAGCUCGUAGAGACCCCCCACAGCAGCAGUAUUUAUUUAGUCGGCUACCACCCCUUGUUCUCCAUGUAACGUUGCUUCGGAAAAUGGCUUUCUCUGUAAUACAUUCCUCUUUCUCAGCAUUAACUCUAGAAGGGAAACCAGGUCCCUGCAGAACAAAAGAGAUGGAACUGGAUGCUGAAUUCUGCUCUGGGGGGCCGCCCGUGCACCGGAGUGUGUGUUUACAAGCCAAAGGAGCUUCCGUCUGUGGGAGCCAAGCCCAUCGUCUACCGUGUUGGAAGGAUCCUGGUAGCCCACCGGCUUGGUCUCUAACCUGAGGGUGGGGGAAAGUCAGGUGACCUUCCUAGAGGUUCUUCAGACUGGGCCCUUGAAAGCCCUGGAGAAAGUACCUCUAGCAGGGCUGCUUUUCUGGGUUUCCUGCUGGCCACUGGAAGGAUUCUCCUUUGCUAGAGAAUUUUUUUCUGGUUAUCAGGAGUUUGCUCUUUGCCAGAGGAUGAACCCCAGUGUGGAUUGUGGCAGCUCAGGCCCAUGUGGCCUGGAGAACAGAAAAGACAUUUCUUUGAUGUUUUUGAAAGCUUGGGAUUUGUAGGGGAGAUUCAUUUUUUUAGAGAGGAAAAAAUGGCAAUUUGAUAUCACUCAGAAGAUGGACCAAAAAGGUGUGAUUUUCACUUAAAGCCCAACUUGAGAUCCUAUUUCAAGUUCAGUGGACAGGCUGGGAGGGAUGGCUGGAUUUUCUGAGCUCAUUAAAUGCUCAUAAAUUCUUGUGAAAGUGAGGCUCUAUGGUAUGUCGGCUUGUCCCAGAUACCAGCCUAGCUUGGCCCCAUUGUGUGGCGGGAUGGAGGGUCCAGGUUUGUUUUGGAUCCCUCCGGCACCGGAACCCACCUGACCUGAGAGCCCGGGCAGGUCAGGCCUCACCAUCCCCUCAGAGCAGGUCCCGAGGGCCUUAGGUGAGGCUCUGCCGAAGACGCUGUAAGGACCAGGUGCAGAUCAGGAAUAGCUCCUGAAGAUCCCAUCCAAAGUCAACUUUGCAGGAAGGGUCUAGGAAAUGAGUGUGGAAAUACAGGAAGUACAGGGUUUGGGGCUAAAUUGGACCAGGGAGAGAAAGUUUGCUCACCUGGGGCUUUGGGGAAGACCCCAGAAGGCUCCAGAAGGGCCCCAAGCCGGCUGGAAGGGGAGGGCUGAGCCAGCCAAUGGGAAGGAGGCAGGUGCAACAGGAGGGCUGCCAGGAGAGAAGCGAUACUGAGAGGAUGGACACUAUCUGAUCAGCGGAACCCUGCCCCUCAGCAUCGGGGAUUUCAGCCCUUCCCAGGGUUUGCGCCAAGCCAGAAGGAAGUAAACAAAACGUGACUCAAACAGGGCUCUGUGGAAGGGAGAAAAAGAGUGGCCUGAGCAGCCACUGGGGAACAAGGUCUGGCGAGCUGGGGCCCCUGGGACAGCCAGGACCCUGCUCCAGGCAGGCCUGCAGCAGCUGGCAGCCAUCGUGAAGGCCCAGCCUCCCGCUGAUACAGGCCCCUCUAAACGCAGAAAAAACAGUCUGAGCAGAAGUCCCCAUCCCGUGCCACGGUGGAAAUGGCUGUGUUUGGGCCGCCCCAGAGGAUCACGGGAAGGGGGGGUUGCCUUGGCACUGGGCUCCAGGCAAGGACUGGGGGUGGCUUCUGGGCCCCCACCAGGGUCAUCCCCACGCAAAGAUGAGUCAGCCUAGACAGAAGCUGCGAAUCCAAAGGCAGGUGUCCUGCGGAGCCCCUUUCCCUCUGUGGCAGUGACGCCUCAAGGGGUUCCCCCAGGGAAGGCAGAGGAAGAGCCUGGGCUUUGGAGUGGGAGGGCCUGACUUCUGCCACGCCCCGCCCCCCUCCCCUGUGGAGCAGGUGGGCACCAGAACCUGUAGGAACUGAGCUAGUUACCCAGAGGCAGGCCCGGGGGCAGCCCCAGGCCUUGGGGCCACGUGACUGGAGCAUUUUCCCUUUCUACCACAGGGCUCCCACCUGGGUGCUGAAAGCAUUCUUAGCCCGUUUUACUGAGGACUGUGGAUAAAAGGGCCCCCGCUGGGAUCUGGGUCAGGCCUUCACGCCUGGCGACUAGUGUUGCUCCCCGCGCCGUUUUCCCGGUGGUCCCUUCUGCUCUCCUUUUGGUUUGGUUCCUCAGCCUUCAUUUUGUCUCCUGGAGAGGCCCUCCUGGAGAGCACAGGAAGAGGCAGCCCUGGGGCCCGGACCCAGCCUGUCUCCUCCCGCCCCCAGGAAGUGAGCCCCAAACGGGCUUCUGGGGCUGGCUGCCCGGGCCAUUUCCCUGCAUUUUCCCAGGAGGCUCAGCAGAAGGUUCUUCUGGGAGGAAGGUUAGUCCGGGUCUAGCAGGGGAGGCAUCUGCCCGGUGGGGGAGGGGGGGGUCACUCGGAAGUUCUCCAAAGCCCAGGCCUGGCAGGGCCCCACGGGACGGCCAUCGGAGGGCCCCGGCGUUCAUUGAGUCAUCGUGACUUCAAGAGUGACUGAGGCCCGGAAAGGUGAAGGCAAUGGCCGGAGACCGCCAGAGGAGGAGGGCAGCAGCCAGGCCUGGGAAUGGGAGGCAUCGUGUCCAAAUGUGGCCUCAGACACUUCCUGGCGGGGGACCCUGGGCAGCCACUCGACCCUGCUGGCCUGUUUUCUCACCCGUCCCAUGAGCCGGGGAAGGAAAUGGCGAGCGCCUCUGGGGUGUCAGGAAAACCCCGAGUGGGGGCCCCCAAGGCGGACACGACUGAACACACUGGAGGAGCGGGCGUGGCCAUGCCAGGGUGCCCGGAACCUGCUCCCAAGGCAGGACGCUGAGCGUGGGGAGGCGUGGCCCGAGUCAGCUGUCACGCCUACGAUGGCGGAGGAUCCCGCCUUUCCCUGUGGCGGCUGGCAGAAGCGUCUCUGCGCUAAGUGAGGGCUCAAAGUCCACGCUCGCCCGGAGUGCCUGGGAGGCGCGUGCUGCCCGCCCCCCUAACCGCGGGGUGCUCCGGCCUGGCCCGGACCCUGGCUGCCGGAGCUGUGGCCCCUGUCCAGGAGGCCCUGCACUGGGCCCAUCACCUGACCCAGAGGACUGACACCGAGGCAGGGACAGGAAGCGGCCCCGCCCCCCAAGGGCUUCAGUCUAGCCGGGACAUCAUGGAUCCACAGACGCUCUUCUUCUAAUUACCUGCGGAGUCGCGGUCUUUCGGUACUGAAAAAUCCUUUGGGGUGUGACUCGCACAAUUUUGCCCAGAACAUGUAUCAAUUAGGUUUCUAUUUGCCUGAAAAACAACAACAACAACAACAACGGUUGGGGCAGCUGGCUGGCUCAGUGGAUAGAGCGCCAGGCCUGGCGAUGGGAGGGCUUGGCUUCCGGUUUGGUCUCAGACACUUCCCAGCCAGGUGACUGUGGACAAGUCACUUCACCCUCACUGCCUUUGGGCACUUCUGCCUGGGAACCAGCCCUCGGUGUCAAUUCUAAGAUGGAAGGGGAGGGCGUAAACAAAGCAGCCAUCAGUUUUCAUCCUCCGGUUUUUUAAAGGAUGCCACCACAAUGGAAGUUAAUAAACAUUUGCUAAAUUA